AUCGCUCGCCGUCUUCUACCUCCGUCUGUCGAAAAAAAGAAGCCGUCCAUGGCCGCACAUAGCAGAGGGCAUCCGGCCAUGAGGGAAAGGGGGUUCUCGCCGGCGGGGAGACCGAUCCUCUUCGUGUCCCUCCACUUCCUCUUCCUCUUUACCGCCGCCGCGGCGUCUGCGGCGGCGCCUGAGGAGGAGAAAUUCACGGAGGAGCUGCUCCUGCGGCCGCUCCCGGACCGCAAGGCGCUGGCCCACUUCCACUUCCGCUCCUCUGCGCCCCCCGCUGCCUCCGUUGGUCGGCACCACCACCUCUUCCCCAAGGCCAUCUCCCAGCUGGUUAAAAAAUAUCAUAUUAGCGAGUUGGAGCUAUCUUUCACCCAGGGAAGAUGGAACUAUGAGCAGUGGGGUGGAUUUGAACCUAUGUCAACUAAUAAUGCAAAGCCUCCUGGUGUUGAGCUGUGGGCAGUUUUUGAUCUUCCUUUGUCUGAAAUUGAUGCAACAUGGAAGAACCUGACACAUACACUCUCUGGCCUGUUUUGUGCAUCCAUCAACUUUUUGGAGUCUUCAACUGCAUUUUCUUCCCCUCGUUGGGGAUUUAAAUUGAAUGAAGGCAAUUUGCGAUAUGGUGCAUUGCCUCGUGAAGCAGUAUGCACUGAGAAUCUGACACCUUGGUUGAAACUUCUUCCAUGUCGUGACAAAUCUGGGAUAGCUGCUUUGCUGUACAGGCCUUCAAUUUACAAAGGAUAUUACCAUUCGCAAAAACUGAAACUGAGAUCCUCCCAGUCACUUGGUAUUAUUCUUGAUCAAACUCUGACUGUUGUGCUGCAACCAAAUAGUGUAAGUGGCGAACAGCUACAUUCCAAUCAUGGUCAACUUCAGCCCAACUGGUCCAUGAGACAUCUUUUCAACAGAAAGUUGUCAGGGAAAUGCCUUGUUUCUAAAUCCAGCAGAGUAUUCAUUGAGGUUGAUAAAGGCAUUGUUGACAAAGUUAACAAAUCUGGAAGUGAUCUUUCUUGGAGUAAUGAAUUCUUUGUAUUGUCUAAUAGCCCGGACAAGUUGAUCAAAGGUCAAAAUCACUUAAUUCAAUCUUCUUCUUUAUAUGUAUAUGAUGCAAGUAACUACAGUGACGAAAAACCUUUGGAUGUGGGCAUAACUUGGAAGCUUCCCCUGAUAUGGACUUGCACCCCAUCACCUUUUCACGCAAGCAGAUUUCUUAUGGGCAGUGGAAAUGAAAGAGGGUCAAUUGCUCUGUCGUUUAUGUCCACUAAUCUUCAUAAGCAGAUAUCUGGCAACCCAACUGAUUGUUCAAUAAAGGCAGUUAUUUUCCAGGUUGUUCCAUGGUAUGUUAAAGUCUAUUAUCACAGCCUGGAAAUAUUUAUAGAUGGGAGCAGGAAGACUGUGUCAGAAGUAGUUGACAAGAUUCAUGUCAUUCCUUCAGAAGACAAGCUUUUGCCUGGUACCCUGGAGAUGCUACUAAGAUUCCCUUGCAGUAUGCAGUCAGGAACUCUGACAUUGGAUUUUGACAAGGGGUUCCUGCAUAUAGAUGAAUAUCCUCCUGAUGCUAAUCAAGGAUUUGACAUUCCUUCAGCUUUGGUUAGCUUUCCUGAGUUCAGUUCUGCUCGAAGUUACCCUGAAAUUGAUCCAGUACUUGAAUCUCCUUUACUAGAAAAUUUCCAGGAAAAUAGUGUUGUGAAGUCGUAUACAGAAGUAUUGCUCGUUCCCCUGACAACUCCUGAUUUCAGCAUGCCAUACAAUGUCAUCACCUUCACAUGCACUGUCUUAGCUCUUUACUUUGGCUCAUUAUUGAAUGCUCUGAGACGAAGAAUUGGCGAGGAAGAGAGGGAGUUGAAGAAAACAGCCACAAGGCGUGGACUCAUUCCUCAGUUGCUAGCUAAGUUAAGGGGGCAGAAGGUGGAUCCAACAGAGUCAGGGUCUUCAUCUGAAUCGAGUGGAUCAAAGAAGCUGCUAUUCAAGGUUGUAUUUGUUGCAGUAGCGGCAGUUCUAUUUCACUAUUUCUCAAACAACAGUUGAGACUUAACAUCUGUAUCUAAAAUUUUGGGCUAGUUUGGACUGUGGAGCCACGGCGGUAGAAUGUACCAUGUUGUGUAACAUAUGUAUUGCCUGUAAAUUUGCUUGCUUCCAGGCGCUAUUUUGUCAUCCUAGAUUCUUGAUGAAAGCAGAGCUUGCUGUCCCUUGAUUGUACCAGGUUCCCUUUUUUUCCAGGAACCCACUAUACACUUUUUACGUUGAUCUAAGUAUCUAACCACCACAUGCAGCAGCUGAUCA